UAUCUCGCACCAAAUUCAACUCCAAAACGUCGACCCCGAGUUUGGAAGAAUUAUUUUUUGCUGAAACAGAAGUACGAUUUUAUUGGGAACAUCCUACAUAAGUGUUGGAACCGGCUGGAAUCGAGACUGGGUCACAUUUCUUGUCAGUUUCAGGAUGAUUCUUGGAGUUUCAGGUUGGAUGAUGCUGUGCAUUUUGGAACUGGCUUCGAGUGCAGACCAGGGUUGUCCCAGUAAGCAACAGGUAUUAAGUGCAAUUCGCCAGAUGCAGAAACUACUAUCCACUCAGGAAGCCCAGUACACACAAGGAAUGCGCAUGAUGAAGAGGAAGCUCAGCCUCCUGCAAAACACAGUAAAUAAACAGACUUCAAAGCACAAUGAAACUUGUCCCAAACUCAAUGCUCCGAAUAAUGGAAAGAAGUUUGGAAGCAGGUAUUUAGUUGGCCAUGAGGUACACUUUGUCUGUGAUCCUGGUUUUGUCUUAGUGGGAUCAAACACCAGGGUGUGCCUCAAAGAUAAGACAUGGAGUGGACAACUGCCUUUCUGUAAAAAUAUAAACGAGUGUGCCAGUAAUCCCUGUGUCAAUGGUGGAACCUGCGUGGAUGAUGUAAACCGAUUUGCCUGUCUCUGUCGUCCAGGUUGGGCUGGCUAUAAUUGCCACCUUGCCUUAAAUUCACAGUGGACUACAUCGCAGAGUGACUCGUCCUUCAGUCACCAGCCACAUUGCACGGAUGUCCGGGGCUCACAACAUUGCAGCUGCGAGUCAGGCUUCCGUCUCAGCGGGAAGGAUGUUAGACAGUGUCGAGAUGUGGAUGAGUGCGAGUUGUUUCAGACAGGCCGACUGGCUCGACUCUGUGCAUAUUCUUGUGUGAAUACACCAGGUUCAUAUCGUUGUGCGUGUCCCUCCGGAUACAACUUGCAAGAGGAUUCACGGGCCUGUGAAGAUGUUAAUGAGUGUACAAGCAAUCAACACAACUGCACCAGGGAGGAGAUUUGUAUAAAUAUACAUGGGGGAUUCCACUGUGUCCGCCCUGAGUGUCCAAAGUCUCGCCUCAAUGCCAGCUACAUAAAAACAUCACAAUUUAAAUGUGAGAGAAACCCGUGCCUGGUGGAAAACAAGUUGUGUGCGAAUGCUGCAUACUCCAUUACCUUUCACUACCUGACCUUAACAUCUAACCUACGAACCCCAAGGACCCUGUUCCGAAUGACAAGCAGCCGAUUCACUGGCGACACCAUGCGCUUCAGCAUUGUAGGGGGCAAUGGGCAGAACCAUUUCUCCAUCCAGCGCUCAGACAGGCAAACAGGGGAGCUGGUGCUGGUGCAGCCUAUCCAGGGCCCCGCCACCUUGGAGGUCGAAAUGGAGAUGACGGAACUGUCUGGCAAAACGGUCCUGACGAAGUACAUCUCCAAGGUCAUCAUCUUUGUCUCACGAUACAACUUCUAGGCAACAUUCAGCUUCCAUUCACUCCUCUUUCCGUUUUUUUGUUGUGAUGUGUCAAGAUAAAUUGUGUGUGUGUGUAACCAAUAGAGAGUUAAAGUACUGUUUUAAAAAAAAAUUAGAAUAUCAAGCUGCACAACUAUACCGUAUGUGAUACUGCCUUGUUAGAAGGAAGGGAAAAGAGAUUGGAGAACUGGAUGUUAGUGGAGGGGUGGGAGAGAGAAUGUCUGAUAGUUGUAAUGAUAUUUUGAUGCAGAUAGAACCAAACAUGUAUUAAGGAGAUAGUAGGAACUGCAGAUGCUGGAGAGUC